AUGAAUGAGUCAACAACAGGUGGCGCCACUACCACAAUAAAUAUGGACAAUCCAAGAACAUUAACUUAUAUAAGUACCGUAGCAGUCACAUCUGAAAGUGCACAAGUAGCUACAGGUGCAACAGAAAAAUCAACUUCUACAGGAUAUAUAGAAACAACAGCAACAGCUACUGACAAUACAGCAGGGACAAUGGUCUCAAGUCAACCAGGAUUGACCUCACAAGGUACAACAGCAUUGUCUAUAGAAGGAAUAACCACAGCUAAAACAGAAAGUGCAACAACUAAAAGUACAGAAGUGUCAACAAAAGACAGAUACACUUCCUCUACACAAGAUGCAACAUCGGUGACCACAGGUAUCACAGGAAUGACAACAAAUGUAGCUUCAGAUAUAACAACAGCUACAGAAAUCAUAAAAGACUCAACUGGAGGCACUAUAUCUACGAUUACAGGAGCCACAACCAAUACAGGUACAAGUUCUACAGGAGAUGUAGGAACUACUGCAGACAAUACAGCAGGGACAAUGGUCUCAAAUCCACCAGUAUUGACCUUACAUAGCACAACAGCAUUAUCUAUAGAAGGAACAACCACAACAAACAUAGAAAGUGCCACUAAAAGUACAGAAGUGUCACCAAAAGACACAAGAACCUUAUCUACACAAGAUACAACAUCAGAAACUACAGGCAUCACAGCAAUGAUGACAAAAGUAGCUUCUGAUUUGACAGAAAGCAUUAAGGGAUCCACAACAGGAGGCGCUAUAUCUCCAAUUACAGAAGUUAUUACCCAAAUAAAUAUGGAUGACACAAAAACAUUAACUUUUACAAGUAGUGGAGCAGUCACAUCUGAAAGUUCACCGGUAGCUGCAGGCACAAGGGAAACGUCUCAUAAAGAUACUACAAGUUCUCCAGCUAAGGCAAAUAAUACAGCAGAGACAACGACUAAUAUGGAUAGAACAGAAAGUAACAAAUCUAAUACAAAAACAGCAACAACCACAAAUGGUAGGGCAUCAACAAUGGAUAGCUCCCCAUCAUCCCCAAAUGUGAAUGGUAUUACAUCAUCUGAUAGCACCACCGGAGCAUUGUCUACAAAGGACUCUACUGUAUCAUCUAGUGUAGGAGUAAGUGCACCAACAACAUUAUCUGGACAGUCAGUCAGUCCACCAACAACAUUAUCUGGACAGUCAGUCAGUCCACCAACAACAUUAUCUGGACAGUCAGUCAGUCCACCAACAACAUUAUCUGGACAGUCAGUCAGUCCACCAACAACAUUAUCUGGACAGUCAGUCAGUCCACCAACAACAUUAUCUGGACAGUCAGUCAGUCCACCAACAACAUUAUAUGGACAGUCAGUCAGUCCACCAACAACAUUAUCUGGACAGUCAGUCAGUCCACCAACAACAUUAUAUGGACAGUCAGUCAGUCCACCAACAACAUUAUCUGGUCAGGGCACAACGGCAGCAAAUAUCACAAGUUCCCCCUUAGUUAUUCGAGAAGAUCCAUCAAUAGCUAAAACUAUAAAAUCAAGUAACAAAAGAAUAAAAGAAACAAAUCCAGCCCCAACAACCACAAAAAGUGCAACAGAUUCAACCAGCGAAGGUCAUACUGUACCAAGUACCACAACAACCCUUUUUGAAGCUAUAUCAGCAUCAACCUCACAGGGUGGGACAAAAAAUACAACACUAACAGCUACGAUGGAAAUUACAUCAACAACUGAAAAAAAGACAACAACCACAGAGGUUGCAACAGUAUUUGUGAGUAAUGGAACAGCACAACCAGCAUUCUCAGCAGUUACAAGCUCCUUAGUUCCUUCUCCUGCUACUACCCCAUUCAAUGAAGAUUGUAUAGGCGUCAGUGCUUGUAUCAUCCCUUUGAACGAAACACCAUUGAAGUCCUCAAAAGUUAUUCCAGCAAACGAAGCAGGGGAAACACAACCACAUAAAGAUCUCACUCCUUGGGGUAUUCUCCUUACUGCAUUGGCAUCGGCCUGCGGAACAGUAUUGGCCUGCAUUGGCUGCUUUGGGUAUUUCUACUAUAAAAAGGCAAAUGGUGAUGGGACGACGAUGUACAUUGUGCGUGAGCCGUGAGCAAUGCAUCUCAGGAGGACUACAAGGGAAUGUCUGAAUGAUGGAUAAAC